AUUCUCACUGCGCAUGCGAGGCUCAGGGAGUGCGCAGCGCGGCGAUCGCUGGUGCGCUGUGUCCCUUGGACACAGUGGAUCACCAAUUACGGAAAGAGCCGAAGAUGUCGGCUCGGUCAUGUGAUCAGCUGUGUCCAAUCACAGCUGAUCACAUGGGACAUGUACACUGAUCAUCAGGGCACUGAUGAUCAGUGUGCCCUGAUGAUCAGUGUAGCCCCAGCAGUGCCACCUGUCAAAGUCCAUCAGUGCCAGCUGUCAGUGUCGAUCAGUGCCAUGUGCCAGUGCCUAUCAGUGCCACAUCAAUGCCACAUAUCAGUGCCUACCAGUGCACAUCAAUGCCACAUAUCAGUGCCCAUUUGAGCUGCCUUUCAGUGUCAUCCAUCAGUGCCAGUCAGUGCCACAUAUCAAUGCCAAUCAGUGCCACCUAUCAGUGCUGCCAAUCAGUG